AUGAGCUCUUCAAAUGCCACUAAUCAGAGACAGAAGGCGCCACCGGCGGGAUAUGCAAAAAUACAUGUUGAUGCUGCUUGUCGCAAGGGAGUUGGAGGGGGUAUAAAAGGGCCGGCUCCCGUGGAGACAACCAUAGCCGGCUCCCCACCCACGCGCCUCCUCUCCUCCUUCCCCGCCGCCGCCCGGCCUCCUCCUUCCACCCCUCCGGCCGGCUCCUCUCCCGCUCGCGCCGCCUCCUCCUCCCCACCAGCGCCUCCCUCUCCUCCUUCCCGCCUUCGCCCGGCCUCCUCCUUCCGCCCCUCCGAUCUGGCGUCGCCCAAACCCGAACGCCCCGCCCCGGCCCUGGGUCGUGCGCCGCCUCCGUCGCCGGCAGGAGGGGGCCGCGGCGGCCGCCGCGCAGCCCAACGACCAGGAGCUCCCCGGCGAGCAGCCGUUCCCGUACUAGAAGAAGAUGGCCAUGAGCUUGGUUUCUUCCUCAUGCAGGCAGGCUGGGUAGGCUCCUCGUCGGCAUCGGCUUCCCCUGCCUGCCACUCCUCUCCUCUGAUGGAGUUGACCUUUGCUGGAACGGACAAGUUUGGAUGCCCCCCUGCGCCUUUGGUGAGAGGGGAAGAUAGAUACCUGGCUGCCUGGAAAAGUAUUUUUCAAAUUAACCAGAAUGAGUUUGACUUGGUGUACAAAUGCCUUAAUGUGGAACUUCAAGAAAAGUAAUGCAAUGGGGGUCUGGCUGUGUCUUUCGAAAUUGUUGUCGAUAACGAGAGGCUUUUACGACAAUGGAGGCAGUGACAAGCACUGAUAGAUAUACUGUUAGAACAAGAUACAUGAUUUUGAGUGGCUAAUUUGGCAGUAAUGCAAUGGGGGUCUGGCUGUGUCUUUCGAGUGCGGUGUCGGUAAUGAGAGGCCUCUAUGACAAAGGAGGCAGUGACAAGCACAUAUAUGCUCUAGCUUUGAGGCACUGAAUUGUGUAUCUGAACCUACAUUAGAGCUUCACAUGUGUAUGUUCUGAACCUACAUUAGAGCUUCACAUAUCAUUAUAUCGUGAGUCACCAAAAAAAUUGCAUUGCAAACUUUACGCUUUUCUUUUGACCGUAUGACAUCUUAAUCCUUUUAGGUUGGCAUCAAACUUUAUGAGUGGCUUUUUGUUAUUAUGUUGAGCCAUGCUUUAAUUUCUAUUAAUUGGUCAAUUUUUGAUGUCAUAUUUUCUUUAGAUGCAUCACUUGCAGUCAUCCUUUGAUUUCUAUUAAUUGGUCAAUAUUUAUUCUGGAGUCUACCAUGGAUUUAAAUGCAACUCAGAGAUUUAAAGAUGUCUUCUUUGGCUGGCAUGAUUGUGUACCUUUUCCUCACUAGAAGUAAUUAACAUUACAUGAUCUGUGCAGAAUAUGUCUCACCACUUUAGUAGGCAGGUUUAUAACAGGAAAUAAUAGUAGCACUGUUUU